AUGCUCAAAUAUCAGCAAUUAAAACAGUCAAAGCCACAAUCGGCCAUCCUAAGAUGCUCUUCAACGGGAUGUAACUGCCGGAUAUUGGAGGUGAAAGACUUCAACUCCGAUUUGCAGUCUAACGACUUCCCCCUCACGAAGAUCACGAAUGCUCCAAAAAUGCCGCAAACUAUAGAGCUUGGAAACGAGGAAGCGUUGUCUGAUGAGUCUCAGGGUCUUUUCUACAGUGUGGAUGACAUGUGGAGUUUCGACAACAUUGGGGUGUCAAAGACCACUGAAAAAUUCGAGGGUACCGAGGAGAUCAAGACCGAAGCUGGUGAAACCAUUUAUUUUCAGCGGUAUCUUAUAUGUGCCGAUUGCGACAGAGGUCCUAUUGGUUUUGCAGGAUAUUUGGGAGACGCUAAGAGGAGUGACGAUGGAAGUGGGCUACACUAUUUCAUUCACCCGGAGUCUGUGAGGUACGAGAUAAAGAGAUAG